CACGUCUAAUCUCAGGCAACCACUCUGGCCCUAAAUUACCUGUUUCUCCAGUAGGCUACAUGUGUGUCUGUAUAGACUAAUCUAAUGCCCGUCAUUCAGUGUGGUACGAGAAUAGCCAGGCUACUUAAGACGCCGGGCUUCUGGAAAGGAAGUGACAGAUACUCGCUACACACAAUCGGGCAGAUUAGUUUUGAGGUCAGUAAUCUGGUUUCAGCACCAUGGAUAGUGACACUCGCAGCCAAACAGCGCGCGAUCAUUCAUUCGAGAUACACAUUUGGAUUUGUUUGAGAAGUUAUUUUUUAAUUGCUAAACACUGCUAAAACAACGUAUUUUCUCAUCUCGAUUGUGUAAAAUGUAGGCAUGGGAAGUUUUUGUACUUUUUUCUUGAAUUUCUACUCCUUGCUCACGUUGGGUUGAAUUGGGCUAAACUAAUCACAGAAAGGAGGACCAGCAUAGGGGGUGGACCAGCGAGUUGAUAAAGGGGAGCAAGGGUUAAUGGUAUGUGAGUGAGAGGUUAAGGGCGGAGAGAGAAGGUGAUAGUGAAUAGGGCUGCGCGCUCAAGCGGGAGUGCGCGCGGACAGCAAAUCGGUCGGAGACUGGAGUCGCAAGGAUGGAGAUACGACCAGAUAGGUUUAAAAUCGUCGCGGGCCAGACCCUCGGAAAAUUACACAAAAUCCUAGAGAAGCGGCAGGAAAAUGGCGAGACCAUCGAGCUCACCGAUGAGGGCCAGGCAGUUAUCGUGGAGGAGAAGGAGAUGCCCGUGGUGGACUGCACCUGCUUCGGCCUGCCACGGCGCUAUAUCAUCGCCAUCCUUUCCGGCCUGGGCUUCUGCAUCUCUUUUGGCAUCCGAUGCAACUUGGGCGUGGCCAUCGUCAGCAUGGUCAACAACCAAACCAUCUACAAGGGCGACAAACCAAUCCUUGUGAAAGCUCAGUUCAACUGGGAACCAGAAACGGUUGGAAUGAUCCAUGGGUCAUUUUUCUGGGGAUACAUAGUAACCCAAAUACCCGGGGGAUUCAUCUGUCAAAAAUUUGCAGCCAACAGAGUCUUUGGCUUUGCCAUAGUGGCCACCUCAUGCCUGAAUAUGUUGAUCCCUUCGGCAGCACGAACUCACAUUGCCUGUGUUAUCCUUGUCAGGAUAUGUCAAGGACUCGUGGAGGGUGUUUCAUACCCAGCGUGCCACGGCAUCUGGGCAAAAUGGGCCCCACCUCUUGAAAGAAGUCGAUUGGCCACGACAGCCUUUUGUGGGUCCUAUGCAGGAGCCGUGAUAGCCAUGCCACUGGCUGGAGUACUAGUCCAGUAUUCAGGGUGGUCAUCUGUUUUCUAUGUCUAUGGCAGCUUUGGGAUCUUCUGGUAUCUCUUUUGGAUCCUGGUGUCGUACGAGAGCCCGGCAGCCCACCCCACCAUCACAGAACAGGAGCGGAAAUACAUUGAGGAGGCUAUUGGAAUGUCAGCCGCUAACUCUACACCUGUUACGAAAUGGAACACGCCUUGGAGAGCCUUUUUCACUUCGAUGCCAGUCUACGCCAUCAUCGUGGCCAAUUUCUGUAGAAGCUGGACCUUCUACUUGCUCCUCAUCAGCCAACCUGCAUACUUUGAAGAAGUGUUUGGGUUUGAGAUCAGCAAGGUGGGCUUAGUGUCGGCUCUCCCCCAUCUGGUGAUGACCAUCAUCGUGCCGAUCGGUGGCCAGCUGGCUGACUACCUGCGCACAAACAAAAUCAUGAGCACCACCAACGUCCGGAAGAUGAUGAACUGCGGAGGUUUCGGAAUGGAAGCCACCCUGCUGCUAGUGGUCGGGUUUUCUCAUACGAAAGUUGUAGCUAUCACCUUUUUGGUUCUGGCUGUGGGCUUCAGUGGGUUCGCUAUUUCAGGCUUCAAUGUGAACCACCUGGACAUUGCUCCCCGCUAUGCCAGUAUCCUCAUGGGCAUCUCCAACGGGGUGGGCACUCUGUCUGGCAUGGUGUGCCCGCUCAUUGUUGGUGCCAUGACCAAACAUAAGACGCGGGAAGAGUGGCAGUAUGUGUUCCUCAUUGCUGCACUCGUUCAUUACGGGGGUGUUAUAUUCUACGGACUUUUUGCCUCCGGAGAAAAGCAGUGGUGGGCAGAGCCCGAGCAACUUAGCGAUGAGAAGUGUGGAAUUCUGGAUGAGGAUGAGCUGGCCAAUGAGACAGAGGAGUUGUACCGUACUAGCGGAGAAGGAGGCUACGGAGCAACGAUCCAAGCUCAGGAUCCCAACGCAGGAGGAGGAGGAGGCGCAGGAACCUGGGUCUCGGACUGGGAUAAGACUGAGGAGUUAGUACAACCACCAGGAACCAAUAGCUACCUAUACGGAGGAGAGGAAGACAGGGAGCUAACAUAGAGGGACUUACAGGUAGGAGUUACAGAGUGGGGUAGCAGACAGAAAGAGUAGAUGGUUUCCUUUUGGCACAGGAACUUGGAAAGAGGUGGGGUGGACGGUUGGGAUGAGGGUGAGGAGCGGAAGAAGGGGAGGACCAAAGUAUUAUUUACGGAGAACUGAAACAGAUUGUACGACAGCGGAAAGAGGAUGAGCCAUGUACUAAGUGUCUGUACAGUGCUUUCAGAAAGUAUUCAUACCCCGUGACUUUUUAACAUUUUGUUACGUUACAGCCUUAUUUUAAAAUGGAUGAAAUCGUUUUUUCCCCUCAUUAAUCUACACACAAUAACCCAUGAUGACAAAGCAAAAACAGGGUCUUGGAAAUUUUUUGGAAAUGUAUUUCAAAUAAUAAAACGCAUAUAAGUAUUCAGACCCUUUACUCAGUACUUUGUUGAAGCACUAUUGGCAACGAUUACAGCCUUGAGUCUUCUUGGGUAUGACACUACAAGCUUGGCACACCUGUAUUUGGGGAGUUUAUCCCAUUCUUCUCUGCAGAUCCUCUCAAGCUCUGUCAGGUUAGAUGUCGCUGCACAGCUAUUUUCAGGUCUCUCCAGAGAUGUUUGAAACGGGUUCAAGUCCAGGCUCUGGCUGGACUACUCAAGGACAUUCAGAGACUUGUCCCAAAGCCACUCCUGCAUUGUCUUGGCUGUGUGCUUAUAGUCUUUGUCCUGUUGGAAGGUUUACCUUCGCCCCCCCAGUCUGUGGUCCUGAGCACUCCGGAGCAGGUUUUCAUCAAGGAUCUCUCUGUACUUUGCUCCGUUCAUCUUUCCCUCCCAGUCCCUGCCUCUGAAAAACAUCCCCACAGCAUGAUGCUAACACCACCACCAUGCUUCACCGUAGGGAUGGUGCCAGGUUUCCUCCAGACGUGACGCUUGGCAUUCAGGCCAAAGAGUUCAAUCUUGGUCUCAUCAGACCAGAGAAUCUUGUUUCUCAUGGUCUGAGAGUCCUUUAGGUGCCUUUUGGCAAACUCCAAGAGGGCUGUCAUGUGCCUUUUACUGAGGAGUGGCUUCUGUCCGGCCUGAUUGGUGGAGUGCUGCAGAGAUGGUUGUUCUUCUGGAAGGUUCUCCCAUCUCCAUAGAGGUACUCUGGAGCUCUGUCAGAGUGACCAUCAGGUUCUUGGUCACCUCCCUGACCAAGGCCCCUUGUCCCCUGAUUGCUCAGUUUGGCCGGGCAGCCAGCUCUAUUUAGAGUCUUGGUGGUUCAAAUCUUAUUCCAUUUAAGAAGGAUGGAGGCUACUGUGUUCUUGGGCACCUUCAAUGCUGCAGAAAUGUUUUGUUAAGGACACAAUCCUUUCUCGGAGCUCAACGGAUAAUUCCUUCGGGCCUCAUGGUUUUUGCUCUGACAUGCACUGCCAACUGUGGGACCUUAUAUAGACAGGUGUGUGCCUUUCCAAAUGAUUUCCAAUCUAUUUAAUUUAUCACAGGUGGUCUCCAGUCAAGUUGUAGAAACAUCUCAAGGAUGAUCAAUGGAAACAGGAUGCACCUGAGCUCAAUUUAGAGUCUCAUAACAAAGGGGCUGAAUACUUCUGUUAAAUAGUUUUUGUUUUUUUAUAAACUUUCUAAAAUCUCUAAAAACCUGCUUCGUCAUUAUGGGGUAUUGUGCGUAGAUUGAUUAGGAUUUUAUUUAUUGAAUCCAUUUUAGAAUGAGGCUGCAACGUAGCAAAAUGUGUAAAAAGGGAAGGUGUCUGAAUAGUUUCUGAAUGCACUCUACGUGAGUGUGUUUUGUGUUUGUGCACCGUGUGUGUGACAGGCUCUCUAAGAGUAUUUUAGGGCACCAAAGCUUCUAUGUCGAUAGUGGUAUUACACCUCUUAUUGAAUAGUCUUUUUGGGGGGGCCUAGUUUGGUUACUUUCAUUAACAGUGUGUUUAUUACAACCCACCAUGUGGGUUGUCAGUCUGUUUUUAUUUCAUGAUGAGUAUGAGCCUGAUUUUUAUGACAGUUUUUGUUACACGACUAUCAGUAGAUGUAGCUACAACUGAUGGCCAUGUAUAUCGUCACUAUCUGACGGCUAACGUCCUUGAAAGCUAAAUUAAUCAAUUCCUGAUAAUGUUCACACUUUUAAGAAAAAUAUAUUACUUGUGCCAAUAAAGCACAGUAUUCUGUGCUGUAACAUUGGUUUGCUUAAUCUGGUGAAAGGCAGUUUUAAAAUGUAAAGUUAUUGACUUGCAUACUGGUCACAUUGAAGUAUCUUUAGUCCGUUCAGUGUUGCUUCCACAGUGUCACUUCGAUAAGCACACUUUUACAGUCUAUCAUUUCAACGAAUUGUAUAUAUAUAUAUUAGGCCUAACCUGUCUGCCUGGUUGAAAAUGAGUGUCAAUUGAGAUGGGAAGAGAAGGAUGAGAAGAAUAGUUGCUUCAAAGACCAACACAGCAUCUCCAUCCAAUCCAAGCUCUACAAAAUACAGUGAAGAAGUACAGUAUAUGGUACAUAUUUCACAUAUAUUUGUUGGACUCUUCAGGACAUUUCGGAUCUGUUUUAUGUCAUAUAUGGCUGUCUGAACGUGUUUUGGCAAAGGAACAUUCACAAUCGCGUAAAACGCAAAAACGUCUUCCAUAUAUACUGUAUUCUCCACCUCCAAUAGUCUGGAAGUUAUUGUAGCAUUGUAUCGGUUUCCACUUUGUCUGGACGGUCACGCUUGAUAUAUUGCAGUGUCAGUGCGCUCUCACUGAAGAUGCUGUUUGCUUGCACCAAGGAGCCUAAAACCCACGCACGCCAGCCUGUGCCCGCCAUCACGAAGCAAUAACACACCGAGGGAGAGAGACCAUGGUGUCGGGAUCCCCACUAGCACCCACCACGACCCUGUCAAUCACUCAUUUGAACCAAUCAAAUUGUGACUGCUUUGAAGGGCAAAAUGGUGAAUGAAGCUAUGUACCAGUCGAUUGCUGACAGUGCAUGUCAACCAUGGGAUUGAUGGAGCCCCAGGCUCCCUCUCCUGCAGGGCCGUGUUCAUUAGGCACCAAACGGGGGGGAAAAACAGAUUGAAACAGGGAGGAACUACCUGGACUUAUCCGACAAGAAAUGCUCAUUCUUGGCGCCCUAAUGAACACGACCCUGGUGUUCAUACAGAGCAGAGAAGGAGAACCGAGAUCUCUCUCCUAUGGAGGAAUAUCUCUCUCUGUAGCACUAGAGUUUUACUACUUAGGAACAUCUGUAGGCUAGUGAUUUUUACGCACUUAGUCAAAAAGCAAUAAAUAAUGAAUUAUGUAUGUCACUGUACAGAAAUAAUAAUUUUACUGGUAAGCGUUGUGAGUUGUUUAGUGAGCCUCGGAGCCCAAAUAUAAAACCCAUGUUUUCAUUGGUAAAGCAGAGAGGUGUGUCACUUGGAUCGAAUACAUACUGUAUGUCAAAACCUUGAAGGUAUUUGAGGUGCCCUUGAUUUAGCUUGGAGUUGGCACUUUUGAGACUAUCCCAUUGACUCUUUUGCAACAAGCAAACUAACUCAAGAGCAGCACAAGUAUUUAACCGUUUUUUAAAGUUCUGUAUUUGACCCAGGUCCGAUGCUUUGACUGGAGAAUUUGCUUCAGUCCAUAUGAAGAUACUGUAAACAAUAAAAAAUAAAAAAUAACAUUCCAGGAAAAUAUGAAUAAUAACUGUUAGGGAUUUUACUGUUGUCUUUUUAAAUGUUUGUUUAUUUUCUUUUUGUUUGUUUCUUUCCUGUAAAAUGUACAAUUGUAUAUGUUCAAAAACAAAUUAAUGUGAAAAAAUAUUGUGAAAAAAAGCUAGAGUACAAUGUUAUUAUUACUAUAUUAUUCAUAUUAUCGUUACUACAACUAUCAACAUUAUUACAAAUGAUUAUUUUUUAACAUUACAUUAUAUUUUCUCUGUGAGCCUGUUCAGGUUUGUAUGUGAAUGUGCAUCAAGAAAUGACCUUUAAACAAAUGCUUAAUGAACAAACAGUAUAUUACACAAAGCCUCUGCUUCCCACUCUGUCAGCCCACAACUCUCCCUUCUUCACCCCCUGCUUUCCUCUCCCUCUGGUUUGGCUGCUAACGGGCAAAGACCCCUUCUCUCCAGAUGCGUGGUGUCGUAUUACUAGUACACUCUACCUAUUUAUUCUCCAUCUAUUGAUCGCUGGGCUAGAGAUAAUGUCAGAGAGAAAUAAAGAUUUUGAUGGGAUCUGAAAGAGGCCGUUGCCAUUGUCCAGGGAGCACGUGUACACUUUUAAGAAAAAGGGUGUUAUCUAGAACCUAAAAGGUUUAUUCACCUGUCCCUAUAGGAUAACCCUUUAAAUAACUCUUAUUGGUUCCAUGUAGAACCCUUUUGGUUCCAGGUAGAACCCUUUUGAGUUCCGUGUAGAACCCUUUCCAAAAAAGGUUUACGUGGAACCAGAAAGGAUUCUACCUGGAACCAAAAAGGGUUCUCCUAUGGGGACAGCCCGAAGAACCCUUUUGGAUACCUUUUUUCCAACAUUGUAGGGUCUAUGUCGUCAUGUCAGAAAAUAGUUUCCUACACUGGUCAUAUGGGACAGGACUCUCUCUCUCCCUGUUUGUUUCUCUCUCCCUUCCUCUCUUGUCGUUGUCUAACAUCAGGGAGAGAUAAUCUCUUUGCCCGACAGAGAGAGAAAAGGAGGGGGGAAGGGAGAGACAUUGGUAAGUGAUAUCAGACAACGGUAUUUUAAUAUGACACCUGAAUUCUAACUGCACUCUGUAUUCUCUUGGCAUUUCUCUGUUAGGGGUUGAGGGGAGAGAGACUGGGAGUGAGGCAGGAGGGAGGAAAGAGAAGCUGUCAGGUUAGCUGAGGUCUCUCUCUGACACGCAGCGCCGGGCUGAGGAGCUUCCUGGAGGGAACAGUGGGUUCGGCAAAUUAAAGUCUAGAUGGAUGAGUGUGGUGCAGGAGGAUUCCUCCUCUCCCUGCCCAGCACUGCUCACUCAGCUUCCCUCUCAGUGGUUUUUCUUGGGUCAAAGCUACUGGCUUCAAGGUUGUUAAGAGGAAGGUCCGUUUUUACAAAGCAUGAUGCUGAUUAGGAUCAGUUUUGCCUUCAAUCAUAAUGAAUAAGAUUACAUGGACAGGGGGGAGCUGAUCUUAGAUAAACACAUCCACUCUUCGAUGCUUUGUGAAUACAGGCCCAAAACAGUAACCAGUUGUAGACCGUGUUAAUUACCCAUCCAUCUUGUCUAGUGCUAUUAAACUCUGCUUCUCAUUCCAUUGUUCUCAAACCUUAUUUUAAUAUUAUAAAAUAUUAACCCGUAGCACGUGCUCCAGCAGGUAUAUUUCACUGGUCAGCCCCAAAGCCAAUUCCUCCUUUGGCCGCCUUUCCUUCCAGUUCUCUGCUGCCAAUGACUGGAACGAACUGAAAAAAAUCACUUUAGCUGGAGACUCAUAUCUCCGUCACUAACUUUAAGCACCAGCUGUCAGAGCAGCUCACAGGUCACUGCACCUGUACAUAGCCCAUCCAACUACCUCAUCCCCAUACUGUUAUUUAUUUAUUUUGCACCUCAGUAUCUCUACUUGCACAUCUAUCACUCUAGUGUUUAAUUGCUAUAUUGUAAUUAUUUUGCCACUAUGGCCUAGUGCACACACUGUAUAUAGACUUUUUUUUAUUGUAUUAUUGACUAUGCUUGUUUAUUCCAUGUGUAACUCUGUGUUGUUGUUGUUUGUGUCGCACUGCUUUGCUUUAUCUUGGCCAGGUCGCAGUUGUAAAUGAGAACUUGUUCUCAACUGGCCUACCUGGUUAAAUAAAGGUGAAAUAAAAUGAAACAUUAUUAUUCCAGCACAGGUGAUCCUGCACCAACGUACACCAAAGUACCAUGGUAAAAUGAUACCGAUUCAAUCUUGAGUGUGGGAUCCAAACAACUGAUUAAACAAAACAAACAAAAAAACACGAGAAUUGAUUAUGCUAAUACUUUAUUUCAGCAAACUAAAUUAUCAUAAUGAUAUAUUACCAAUGUUACACUGCCACCCACUGUAAAUUACAUGAAUAUACAGUUUGGAGUACUGCAUUUAGAUAUCUCAGAUACUGUGCAACUUAAGCAUUAUGUUUUAUACAUUGUAUUUACAUUACAGACUCGGUUUAAUUCGUAACCCAAAAACGAGAAAGUGCUUAAUUAAUGAACAGUGCAUAUUUGCCUUAAAGCUCAAAUGUAUACAACACCAAAACAUAUACAAACAUUUUUUGUUUUUUGUCAAACUUUCAGUGUUGCAGUUGAUAUCAGUCUAAAACAAUACUGAACAUGUCUAAUAUUACAAAGAAAAGUAAGUAUUGAAAUACCUCCUUUUAAACACUUCACACAUUACAGAGAUAAAAGCAUUAUCCGACACACUAGCUUCAUACGCCCCCCCUCCCACAAC